GGCUGGUCAUGUUUUCCACGUCUCCAUCCUCGGGCUCCAGGAGCCUCCUGGCAUUGAGACCCUGACGGAGCAAAGUUAGUGGUGGACAUUCAACACGGUUCAACUUAAAGGCGCUUGCCUACUUGUCGCGUCAGAAUGAGAGACUUCAGGCAGAAGACGUAGAAAAGGGCAGCAGCUAAUAUUCCACAUAGUCCUCCGCACGCCGUGGCGAGGGUCAGCAGCCCCGAGUAAACCUGCUGAGACUCGCCUAAACUCACCGAAACGUCCCUUAAACAUUCGCCCGUCUCCGCCUCCGACAUUUUUACAUCGGAGCAUCAAGAUUUGGGGGAAAGUGAUGUUGACAGAAGCCUCGAAAUCCCCAACGACAAAAUGGUGGUCGUAACUUUGACCUAACAUAUCAUGAAGUUUGGAGUGCGCGUUUAAACUGUAAGACAAGAAUCUUUGCAAAGUGUUUACCCAAACUUUUACCAAAGCAGAACUCACAUCGGAAUCCAACCGAGCGGUGACAACAAUAUAUUUAUUUCAAUGUAAAGGUUCUAGUCUUAUAUAAAUAUAAUAAUGUACAGGUUCAAACCCACAUAAAUCAGUACAAAAACCAUCAAAUAUCGUCUUUAUAUUAUUUAGACUAACCAUAUGUGCAUUGUAUACGUGAUAACGGAAUUAUUUCGUCGGUAUUAUUUUAGUUUGAAAAACGUAACCGGAAACAGAUUUUAACUGGAUUGAAAACAUUCCCGUCAAUUUCCAACUUUUGGGAAGAAAGACAGUUUUGAAACGGAAUGUCACAAUUUGUGUCAAUAGUCUGGCCUUUUAUUGUUCGUCUAUAACCACGAAGCGACGAAUGUGUGCUUUUCCAACAUCGGCAAUGCUGCAAGUUGUUGGCUUACUGCUCACCCGCGUGAGAAUGUAGCCAAAAACGAAUGUUUCAGGCUCCAUUGAUGGCGGGAAAAGUCACGGCAUGCUGCGUUAUUUUAGUGUCGUGUUUUUAUCCCACCACCCCGUCGACGGGCCGGCGUCCUGGCGGCGUUCGACGCGAGGCACCGGGCGUGGUUUGGGAGUUCAGCGCUGGUCCUCACCGUCCACGUAACGGGACAUGUCAGUUUACACGCUGGUCUACCAUCACUGUGUCCAACAACAAGAGAUGUCACACCAAGUCCAGCGUCCUUGGAACCAAACAUAGAGGAGGGAAGUCGGCAGUGCAUCAGCUCCAUAGACACCGUACAAUGGAAUUUUGCAAAGCAUAUUCUUCUGAAAGGCCUGUAUCCUCAUCUGCUCCGUCCGGCCCCUGGACACACUCCUUUUACACCUCCUUUCGCCACAUCAAAACCAUUUUACACCUUAGAGAGCGGAGAAGCUUACUGACCAGGUUCAAUCUUGGCCACACGCUUCCUCAGCUUCAAAGUUUGACACCUCCAUCCACCUUUCGGGUCAAGUUUGACAAAUGUGCACAGGUACUGGCUGACGCUGACCCUCCACAGUUGACGUUCUCCCUUCUGAUCCACAAUCUGAGUCCAGUGGGUGGCACCAACUUGUCUCAGGUGGCCAUUCGGGACUCCAUAUUUGGAAUAGUGCCUCUCAGAACAGACGGCAGAGUUGUGGAAAGAGGAUACCAAAUGUUUGCCAUUGAUUCUCUUGCUGCGGGAUCCCAAAUUAUUGUCAAUUAUACUGCUAAAAUAAGGAGCCAUAAAAAUGAAGCUCUGAACCUUCCUGCUUUCCUCACCUUCUCUAACUUGUCACAGAAUGACAUCCGCAUGUAUGGUCCAUUGACAGCUCAUCUAACAUUGAGGGUCAAUUCCACGGAUAAGAUUCAUCCAAAUCAUGGCGUGCACUUUGCUGGAUAUGUUGGUGGGUUCCUUGUUACUUUGGUGAUACUGUUGCUUGGCUUUCUGGCCGUGAACCUGUUAGGUGCCAGAACCAGACUGAGUCUUCUCCAGCAAAAGAAAAAGCAGGGCUAUCCAGAUCCAGAGUAUGCAGACUGCAACAUGAAUGAGGCUGCUAAAGACGAGGCAACUUUUGAAGACAAAACUGUAGACAUUAUGGUGCUGGAAGAUCCCCAGAACAUGAACCAGGCUUUGGAAAACAUCGAAAUGUCCACCCUGCUGCACGCAACCAACAAUUUGGAGGCCACGAGGAUUCAAAUCUACAAGGACGUGCUGUCUAUCCUGUUGGGGGGCCUGCGGGCCCACGGCCUGGUCAGCGUCCAGGCCCAGCAGAGACUUCUCAGCGUGCUGCACGGGCAGCUGCUCGGCAUGGAGGGUCGGCUGAAGGAGGAGCGAGGGGCCCGCAUGGCUGUGCUUGCGGGCCAGUGUAACCUGGAGACCAGGGAGGAGAUGGAAGCGGAGCAUCGCAGGCAAGCUGCAGAGAAGGCCCAGGCUGAGCUGCUGUGUCAUCAUGCUGAUCAACAGGAGCUCCUCCAGUGUAGUGUCCUGCUGGAGAAACUGCACAAGCUGAACCAGGCUCACCUGCAGCGCAUCCUGUUAGUUCGCCACGAAGAAGCCUCCGCGAAGGUCCAGAGGCAGAUCAUCGAAUGGCGUCGCGUGGAGCUUCAUAAGAUCUUCUCUGAGGAGCUGGAGGAGGCCACGAAAAUGGGCGAGUUGGAAACAGACACAGCCAAAAGUCUUCAGCACAGUUACUUCCAGUGUCAGGACCAGCUGGAGGAGAUCCUGGAUGUGGUCGUGGCCAACUGGCGCUACAUGCUAGCUGAGCGCUACGCCCAGAGGAAGUUCCUAUUACACAGCCUGCACAGCCUCAACAGUCUUAUUUCUGACACCUUCUCCAGCACCUCCUACAAUCUGAACAGCUUGUUUGCACAUGUCAGAAGAGGGAGCACGGUGUCUGAUGAACAACUGGCUCAGCUCCAGGACAAGGCCCAGAAGGAUCUAGUGAUUGUGAGGCAGAGACUGGAUGAGGCUCUGGGCCAAGAGAGGAGAGCGAUGCGAUGUGGAUUAAUCAAGAAGAGGAGGGAGCUCAUCUCUGACAUGCUUCAGGUCCACAUGCAGCAACAGAAGGACUUGUCUGGUCUGUCAAAGAAUCAGGAUGGAAGCAUAGAAGUAGCCCAACACCUGCACUGUUGGCAAAACCUUCUCACAACUCAUAGCUUGGAACUUGCUGAGCUCAUCAAUAACCUCGACGAGGAGGCUGCAGCGGACAUCCGCAAGGUGACCAUGCGUGUGAUCCAGAGCUCCAUGGCAGAGGUCAAAGCCAUUCUGCCCUCUGCGACGCAGACCCUGCUCCCUCUCCUGCCUCCAGGCAUGCAGCGCUCCCUGCUGCAGGCAGAACCUGAGGCAGGCCAAGGAGGGAGCACACUCCUGCAGGGCCAAGAGAGACUGCAUCAGGAAGGCAAGGCGGCCUUACGCACCCUCAGCUCUACCAGAGAUAGCCUUCAGAAAGCCAUGGAGAAGGAGCUGCAGGAGCAGAGGGAGCUCAGGGUUCACUGCAGAUCUUUCUUCGGACAUUUGUGUUCAUCCCAGUUGACUCUCUCGGAUAACGAGCAGCUAAAAAUUACGCUGGAGUUGCAGAAACGUCUUUCUGUGAUGGACCGCUGCCUUAUGCUGCCUCACGCCGUGUCCAGAACCAAAGUCCACACCUCCGUCUCAGCUUGGAGAAAAGACAGAGAGCAGCAGAUGAAGAACCCACAUUUUAAAGGGAAAGCCAAAGAGGACACACCUGACCUAUUUCACUUCCACAAAAAGUUGAAAGAGCAGAUGCAACUGUUUGAGAAGGCGAGUGAGAUAGACGACAUUGUCAAAGACAAGGUAGUGGAGGAGAUCAGGAAGGAGAGAGAAGUUUACUUGCGCACUCAGUCCGACGCUCUGGCAACACAGAUGGCUGCAAUUCACUGCCAGAAAGCUGAGAGGAGGACCAGAGUCUUCGAGACGUCCAGAGCACUGCUCACCCUGCAAAGUCUUCUCAUUCAUCACCUGCGAGAGACAAAGAGUAUGGAGAGACAAGAAAUGGUCCAAAGUAUACAGAGGCACUGUCUGGGCUUGGAGGAAGCAGAGCGCCAGCUGCAGGAGGAGAGCAUGAACCUGGACGGGCUGCAAUGGGACGGCAGGUCAACUCCCACACACACGGAGGACGUCGAUGCAGAGGGAGGUGGCGAGGAGAAGAACAUGUUUGGGCUGCAGCACGAUAGCAGAAUGUCGCACAUCCUCCAGGAGGCUUUCACUAAGCGUGAUGAAGUCAUGGCAAAAGUGUCAGAGAGGUUGCAGGAGAUGGUCACCAGCAAUCAGGUUAUGGAAGAUUUCAGAGAACAAAUACAGCUGAAGAAACUUCAUUCCAGCUGUGAUCAGGACCUGCUGUUUGCAUCAGAACUGCUCAAACAGAGUGGGAUAUCUGUGGAGGUUCUCCUUGAGCUUCUGCGUCUGCUCAUGCCCACAAUGCCUGAGAGUGAAUUUGUGUCCAUCACUGAUGCCCUCUGCCCCAAGCAGCACCUUGGUUCAUCAUCCACAGAGCAGGAGCCUUCUGGGUCCAGUUUGCUUCUUCCUGUCAAACUGAGGGAGGACCUGGUGCACAGAAGUAUGCUAAACAGCUGUGUGGAAGGCUCCAGAUCCCAUAGACUGCAGGGAAAGAGGCAAGGCCUGAUGGAAAGACUUCUUCCCUCUUCUUGCCCGCCAAGUCCAACAGAUGUUGCGGUGAAAGGGGAGAUGGAGAACUUUGCUAAAGUACAGCAGCGCCGGUUUAAAUCAGCCAUGACUGACAACCCAGGCCAGCAGAGCGAGGCUCCCAAAGCAAAGAAGGAAACCCUGCACAGCUCGGCAGAAGAAGAAGACGUGAUGGCGACUUCGGCCAACUUGGAAGUGAUCUGCCAGGCCACCGGUGAAAGGCUGUUUGUCUUCCGUGAGCCGCCUCAAUCCCUUCUUGGUGUCACGUCCCCCAAGAGAAAGAAGAAAAGGAACUUCCUCAAUUUGAAGAAAGGCUUAGUGUCGCCAACACAUCAAACUUAACGACUAUUUCCUCAUUAGGGUCGCAGGUGAGCUAGCGUUUAUCUCAACACUUUGGCUGAGAAAGAGAUGCAAACAUUGAAUCAUCUCUAAAAAUAACAUGAAGGCACAGGCUUGGCCAAAGUGAGUGGAAUUCAUGUAUACAUGUUUACAUUUACGUAUUUGAAAGACUAUUUCAAACAUUUUCAUUACAUGCUUGAAAAGGAAAACAGUCUUAAAAAACGUUUUUAAUAGCUUUUAGUGGCAAAUGUGUCAAACAAAAGUUCAUAUGUGUAGUAUUGAGCCUUCAGACCUGCCAAACUUUGUAGUUGUUUUUUACAGUGAGUCAAGUCCAUAUGUUUACAUAUAUUUGAAAAAUUAUUUUAAAUGUUUUCAUUACAUUCUAAAAACGAAAUGUUUUUUUUUUGUUUGUUUUUUAUAACGAAAAAUACAAAUUUAGUUUAAAAAGAUGCAAACAAAACAAAAUGUUUUAAUUGCUUUAGUUUUAAUAUGUACAAAAAGUCAUUAUUUGCAAUAUUUAGUCUUUACAUACUUCUUGUCCUCAUGCAGUUUAUGUAGCACUCAACUUUGUAUUUGUAAAGAAGAAGGUGUUAAAAAGGGUGUGUCAGUCGAUGGCGGAGGGUGUGUCAGUCGAUGGGGGA